AGUUCCCGGCGGCCCUCGCGGCAGGUUCCGGGUGUAAGGAUAGUUCGUGAUGGCUGGGGCUGGUUCUACGGCUGUGUCCGGGGCAGGGACUCCGGUGGCGGGGCCUGCAGGCCGCGAUCUUUUCGCCGAGGGGCUCCUCGAGUUUCUGCGACCAGCCGUGCAACAGCUCGACUCUCAUGUCCACGCGGUCAGAGAGAGUCAGGUAGAACUCCGGGAACAAAUUGACAACCUAGCAACAGAACUGUGCCGCAUCAAUGAGGAUCAGAAGGUGGCCCUGGAUCUUGACCCCUACGUGAAGAAGCUGCUUAAUGCCCGGCGACGAGUUGUCUUGGUCAACAACAUUCUACAGAAUGCCCAGGAGAGGCUGAGGCGGCUAAACCACAGUGUUGCCAAGGAAACAGCCCGGAGGAGAGCAAUGCUGGAUUCAGGAGUUUACCCUCCUGGUUCCCCAAGCAAGUAACACAGGCCAGAAGAUAGGCCCGUGGCCUGAGUAUCCUAAGUACUCUUCCCCAGCUGCCUUGUCAUAGCCAUGAUGAGAAGACUCCAGGAGACACUUAAGCCCCGUAGACCUUGAAAGAGCAGUCAGUCCUAUUAUUUGAAGAACUUAAAACCUGACCCAUUCAUGUGGGGACCCCAAGAAGCUGGUGUACAGGACUCAGGAUCCCAAAGGACUUACCAUGGCUCUUGCUUCCAAGAAUAAGCUGAGGCUUCUCUGUUUGAUUUUUUAAACUACAUACUCAAGACCCAUCUCCUUCUCCUUCUUCAGCCUAGUUAACAAGGUGAGGCUCCGUCGGGUAUGUGCCUGGUUGUAGGGCCUGGGCAGCAUGUCCUCUAUGACUUCUCAUUUUCCUUUGUUUACAAUGAGGAUUUGGAGGAGGCAGCAGACAGUCAAGGUGAAUGACCCCUGUCCAUCCUCUAUUUGCUGAUUGCACUGGCUUGAAUAUAGUAGUAGUGUUGCUAGAACCAUUUAAUUCAAUAAAUGCUUCAGCAGUGUUCUAGAUUACUCUGGUAUGUGGAAA